UGUUUACGUUCGUUAUCAGGACAAAGAUUGCGACGUGCAGACCUCGUUUUUAGCUGUACAGGACAUUCCCGAUAGAAAAGCAGAGACAAUAGCACUGAUUAAAAUACUACUGCAUUAUGGACUGGGCUGCAAGCCGGUGUAAUGACAGGCAGGAAAGCAGAAGUGGCUACGGAGAUUGAAGCGCAAUUCCCGGUUGCUAUUAUCCAAUCACUGCGUCUCAAACCGACUGGCACUUGAAAGCGUGGAUGCUGCUAAUGCAAUUGGAUAUGUUAAGAAGUUCUCCACAAUACUGAACACUUUGUUUUGGUUUUAAUCAUGGCAUGCUUCAAAGACAUAGAGGUGUGUAGUGACAAUGCCAGUUGCUAACACGAUGACUGCCGGUAGGGCGGUGCUGGUGGGAAGGAACUUUGAAAACUGUAAUUCCCAAUCUAUCGACAGGCUUCAGUUUUGUGGAGUGAAGAGAGGGGAGAUUUUGGCUGCAAUUGUUUUGGACUCAGGCCUCCAGUUGAAAGGGGAGACCAAGACCCUGUUGACCUCCUUGGAUAAUCUGACUGACGCUCAGGAACGCACCACCAUGUUGACCCAAAAGCAUACGGGUGCGGACCAUCAAGCCAGCGAAAAUGGGCUGACUGGAAGUAACAAGUUUGCAAAAAAACUGCCUGCUAACAAGCUGGGCCUCAAGAGCAAGGCCAGUAUACGAGACAAGAUCUCGCAGUGGGAGGGCAAAAAGGAGGUCCCAUCCCCACUUCUGACCAGAAAAGAGCCAGAAACGGCAAAGAAAGAGGAGAUAAAGACCUCCGAGGUCCGGAGGGGAAAUAGCAGAAGAUUUGUGGGCUGCGAGAAGGAGGACCCGGGGAAGGAGAAUUCAGGAAAGACCAGGGAUUUGAGGUCUAACACCCCACAGGCACCUGUGAACAGGGAGUGUAAAUUAGAAAAGGGGAUUAGCGAGAAGCUGUGUGCAAAUGUCCGGGACAAUAAGUCUGUUCUGACUCACAUCAAGAAGCUGGAGCAGGCCUUGAAGGAAGGACCCAGCCAGCCUCAGUUGGUGAUGCCAGGCAAUUACUUCUGCCCUGCCAAGGAAGACGAAGCGAAGGGGUGGGAGAGGAGGCCAACAGAGCCCAUUUUUGGGACACUGGAGGUGGUGAGGCCUGGCAGCAGGACAAGUGAUCAGGAAAAUGUCUACACUGAGCCAGGCACCCCCUCCAUCAACCCUCUCCCAAAGCCUCAGCGCACUUUUCAGCAUGAUGGGCCGGGGUCUCCCUCAGGCACAGCACCGGGGCUAGGGAGGGGGAGGAGGAACUUACCACCACUGCCUUCUAUCCCUCCACCACCCCUCCCCACCUGCCCUCCCCCCAGUAUCAGCAGGAGAGCCUGGGCAGACAGACAUAGAAACAAUGCUAACAGGAAGUCGUAUGAGUUUGAGGAUGUUCUUCAGUCUUCGACAGAAGGUUGCCAGGUGGACUGGAAUGUCCAGUCCAAACUGUCUCUUACACGCACUUUAUCAGAAGAGAAUGUCUACGAAGACAUCCUAGACCCCCCUUCAAAGGAAAACCCCUAUGAAGAUAUUGAGACAGAGAGCCGCGGUGUGGGGAAUAAGUGUAUUCUGCCCCGCUCACCGCCUUUCUCUGCCCCUGGGACCCCCACUAAGCUCCCCUCCAAGCCGAGUUUCUUCCGCCAGAACUCAGAGCGACGCAGCUUCAAGCUGCUUGACCUGAGGAAGACAAACCGUGAGGGUGCGUGUUCCCCCUCCAUAGUCAGCCCCCCCUCCACCCCCAGCAGCCCAGACGACACCCCCUGCCUUUCGGGAGACCCCAACAACCGCCGCCGCAGGAAGAUACCAAAGCUGGUGUUGAAGAUCAAUGGUAUUUACGAAGCCCGUCGGGGGAAGAAGCGCAUGAAGAGGGUGUCUCAAUCCACAGAGUCCAGCUCUGGCAAAGUUACAGAUGAGAACAGUGAGUCCGAGAGCGACACAGAAGAGAAGCUGAAAGCUCAUAGCCAGCGGCUGGUGCACGUGCAGUCCAUGCUGAAGCAGACAGGACACUACCACACCCAGGAGAGGGACCUGCUGGACCUGCUGAACCUGCAGGAGCGCAAGCUGUUUGAGUACUUCCUGGUGGUGGCGUUGCACAAGAAGCAGGCAGGGCUGCCGUACCUCCCUGAGGUCACGCAGCAGUUCCCACUCAAGCUGGAGCGAGGCUUCAAGUUCAUGCGUGAGACGGAGGACCAGCUGAAGGUGAUCCCCCAGUUCUGUUUUCCUGAUGCCAGAGACUGGGCGCCUGUGCAGAACUUUGCCAGUGAAACCUUCUCGUUCGUUCUGACUGGAGAGGAUGGGAGCAGGAGAUUUGGAUACUGUCGACGUUUACUGCCCAGUGGAAAGGGAAGGCGACUGCCGGAGGUGUACUGUAUUGUGAGCCGAUUGGGGUGCUUUGACCUGUUUUCAAAGAUCCUGGAUGAGGUGGAGAAGAGGAGGGCGAUCUCCCCGGCUCUCGUCCAGCCCUUCAUGAGAAGCAUCAUGGAGGCGCCGUUCCCUGCCCCAGGCAGGACCAUCACCGUCAAAAACUUCCUCCCUGGCUCCGGGACCGAGGUGAUCAUGCUGUGCCGCCCGUUGGACUCACGGCUUGAGCAUGUGGAUUUCGAGUGUCUGUUCUCCUCACUGAACGUGCGGCUGCUGGUUCGAGUGUUCGCUUCUCUGCUUCUGGAGAGGAGGGUGAUCUUCACUGCUGACAAGCUGAGCACGCUGUCUCAGUGCUGCCACGCCGUUGUUGCCAUGCUGUACCCCUUUGCUUGGCAGCACACCUACAUCCCGGUGCUGCCCCCCUCCAUGAUCGACAUCGUCUGCACCCCCACCCCCUUCAUCGUGGGCCUGCUGUCCAGCUCCCUGCCCCAGCUCAAAGAGCUACCCAUCGAAGAGGUCCUGGUGGUUGACCUUUGUAACAAUCGGUUCCUGAGACAGAUGGACGACGAGGACUCAAUCUUGCCCCAUAAACUGCAAGCAGCCCUAGAACACGUACUAGAGAAGAGGAAGGAGCUAGCGUGCGAGAAAGGAGAGCCUUCCUUGAAUGACUCGAGCUCUUUGAGUGUGGUGGUAUCGGAGGCCAUUGUGCGCUUCUUUGUGGAGAUGGUAGGGCACUACUCACUGUUCCUGGGCCCGGGGGAGCGUGAAGACGAGGGGGCUGUGUUCCACCGCGAUGCCUUCCGCAAGGCCAUCUCCUCCAAAAGCCUGCGCCGCUUCUUGGAGGUCUUCAUGGAGACGCAGAUGUUCGCUGGCUUCAUCCACGACCAGGAUCUGCGACGGCAGGGACUCCGGGGUCUGUUUGAAUUACGAGCCCAGGAUUACCUGGACUCCCUUCGAGGCAGCGAGCAGAGUGGUGUCAAUAAAUUCCUCAAAGGGUUAGGUAACAAAAUGAAGUUCCUUUCCAAAAAAUGAGUUUAAAGAAUCAACGAUAACCAACAUUACCAAGAAGAAUUAAACCUCCCAUACUCAGAGGAAAAGCUUUUUGUUUAUUUCCUGGAUAGAAUCAAAUAAAUGAAAAUAAUCACAUGAUAGAAUAUAGCUUCACUUGAGACUGGAUUCUAUUCAGGGACUAAAACUUUAAAAUACUGAGCAGUGAAAAGCUGUCUGGGUUGUGAGUGACUCCUAUAACUGCUGAGCAAAACUUAAACCAGAGCGGGCAAGAGUUCUGCACUGGGAGCCUGAGGAUCCUGGUUUAUAACUUACCUGGUGUCCGUGCAGAGUCCUCCCGUGGUUUGAGGGUCAGACACUGAGUGCUGUUCCUGUGACGCAGUACUGAGUUUAACUGAAUGCUACAGGAGUGUCUGUUCAGCUGGGGGUUGUGAUGCCAUUACAUUUCAAGAACAUUUCACUUAGUCUCCAGACCUGCCUACAUUCCCCAACAGGAGACUUGAUUUAAAGCUAGAACUCCACAAGCUGGAACAGAAUACAAACUUAUCCUAAAGACAGUGACUUGUGAACCAAAAGGAAACAGUUCUUUCUAACCAAAAGGGUAUCUUCCAGAAUGACUGCUCCUUAAGUGGCUAAUAAAUGGGAUUCUGUUAAAA